AUGUGGGGUGUGAGAGUGAAUGUUCCACCAAAACUGCGCCCCCGGGUUCUGAAAGAGCUCCAUAUAGCACAUCCAGGUAUAGUGCAAAUGAAAAGCUUGGCAUGCAGUUAUGUAUGGUGGCCUGGCAUCGACUCUCAAAUUGAGCUCCAAGCUAAAUCCUGCCACUCUUGUCAGAGUAUGCAAAAAGAGCCUGGGCUAGCACCUUUACACCCUUGGAUGUGGCCCACUAGUCCCUGGGAAAGGAUACAUGUGGAAUUUGCGGAUCCAAUUGAAGGAAAUAUGUACUUGGUCGUGAUAGAUGCACAUUCCAAGUGGCCUGAGGUGCAUAGUAUGGACAACACCACAGUCGGUAAGACCAUUCAAGUGCUCAGGAGCCUUUUCAAUCGAUAUGACAUUCCACACAUCCUUGUGAGCGACAACGGACCUCAGUUCUGUUCUGAAGAGUUUAGUACAUUUUUGAAGUCCAACGGAGUAAAGCACAUCCGCUCAGCACCGUACCAUCCUGCCACCAAUGGCUUGGCCGAGAGUUUCGUGCAGACAUUCAAACAUUCCUUAAAAUCUUCUAGAGGCACAGCACUUGUGCAACAACGCCUGGAUACAUUUCUUUUAACAUACCGCAAUACCUCUCAUGAAACAACAAAGGAGACACCAGCUAUGUUGUUCCUCGGACGCAAGCUGCGAUCAUGGCUGGAUUUCCUGAAACCCAGUGUUGCUGGUGUAGUGCACAGGUCACAAGAUGCUCAACAAGAGUGCCACCAACCACACUCCAAGGACAGACAGUUUGAUAUAGGAGAGCCUGUUCUCAUGCGUGAUUAUAGGAAGGGGGAGGAGAAGUGGACACAAGGUGUUGUCAUGGAGAAGACUGGACCAGUGUCAUACAAGAUAAAUGUGGGGCAACAAGGGGUGUGGAAAUGCCAUGUGGACCAGAUGCUGACAUGA